AUGUUCGGCUUCGGCAUCCUCCUCCUCCCCGUCUCCCACGCCCUCGGUGCCCUCAACCCCGGCUUGCCGACGGCAGUUGACACGAAACGCUCGAGUGUCAUCGGAGAAACUGCGUCGUCUGUCACUGGCCCCCACCGGCUUUCUUGCACGCCCACGUUUGUCCUGGACGGCGUCGCCGAGGACGGCUUCAACAAGCCCAAUGAACCCUUCAUCAUCAGGCCGUCGUGCAACAGUCUCGACACCGAGUCACAUGCCGUCUUCAUGGCCACCGGCACAGACGCCGCUCCAUCUCUUGGGCUGGGUGUUGUGCUCAAGAAUACGGUCGUUACUCCUGACGGCAUCGUUGUGAGCGGCUUGGGACCUGGAUUCAAAGCAAUCACUGUCGCAGCCAAAGAUGACCAGGGAAGCUUGCUUGUCCAUAGUUUCGCGCUUCUCUUUGGCUCCAUUAGCAUGCCAGUCAAAGUCGUGGAUGAGCACGGCAAGCCUGUGCCUGGCGCAAACGUGACAGCCGAGUCGUUUCCUGGCAUCAGACAGCACGGUGUUACCGACAAUUCCGGGACCUUUCACAUGUCCAACCUGCCCGCCAUGUCCAUCGAGCUAUCAGCGAGCACGGCCGACAAGAGGAUUGGCUCCGCGGACACCAUCGCAACGUCCAGCACCGCGACACUCAAGCUCCUACCCUCGUCCCACCCGAUCAGCCGCGGCACCAUCCACAUCGUCAAGCGCAAUCCCGUCCCCGGCGUGGGAUUGAGGGGCCAGCCGCACAAGAACCACGCCGGGUGCGUGACCAGCCCAGGCAGGGCCAUCUGCCAGCCGACGUGCCAAAGCCCUCCACCACGUUCGUGCAACUUUUACACACGCUGCGCCGAGAAAACCCUCCAAUGCGGUCAGGACGGUUAUCCUCUGCGCUACGGCGCCAAGAAUUGCCGGCGUUUCGUGGCCCGCCUCGAUAGCUUCAGCCCUCAGGGCCAAGCCUGGAUCUGGAGGACCAUGCUAUGUCUGGAAAGGGCUCUCGUCGAGCCCAUUUCAGGGAGAGGCGCGACGUGCGAAUCGGUCAAGAGUGAGGCGUUCCAAUCUCAUCCGCGAUGCUACGUCGAUAGCGGCUUCUGCGAUCUGCCCUUGAGCGACAUCGUGCAGGUAGUUGUGACAGUGAAAUCAGACCUGUUUGAAGGACCCGCUCUCGAACAGGCGUUGACGGCUGCCGGGGGAUGCGCGCGCCACUAUGCGUUGAAAAUCAAGGAGAAGAUUGAUGAACUUCGAGGGUUGACAACAGGGGGAGCAGACACGGCCGCACGUUACGACACGAUGGCCGUCUUCGAGGACGUGGAGGCGUACUUGGAAAAAUUUGGUUCUCCGGACCUUGUUUAG